AAUCGAAGACCCGAGCUGGCGCCUGCGCACUUCGUCUCCGCCGCUGCUGUGGUCUCGCGCCCCACUCCCCCGUUCCCCGCAGGCUCGGGCUCAGCGGCGGAGGCGGCGGUGCCGCCACGAGCGGACGAACCGAGUUAAAGGUGGGAGUCGGGAUUCCACAGCCCGCGGAGGGGUCAGCACACCUCUUCCAUCCUCUCGGAGCCCUCCGUCUGGCCCCCACGGCUAACGGUCGCGGGGCCGAACGCGGCCCACCAGAAGGGCGCGGAAGGGGUGUAGGCGCGCGUCCAGGGAAAAGCAGGGCUCAGCAAGGGAGGGGCGCGUCCACUACCCCUGCUGGCCUACACCGACCCCGCCUACGCCGCGGUGCAUGGACCCUAGGCAAGACUCCUGGCUGUGGCCCAUGGGCCUCUGAGGAGGCAUAAGUCCGCCCAGAUUCCCACUUGCUGUGUUCCCACUCAAUGGGAAGGGAUCCAAGGCCUUGUCCACCAUCAGCCACGGCCUCCUGACAGUACCAGGAUGGAAGUCAAAGGUCAGCUGAUCAGCUCUCCUACCUUCAAUGCCCCAGCUGCCCUUUUUGGAGAGGCUACCCCCCAGGUGAAGUCAGAGCGUCUGCGAGGGCUGCUUGAUCGGCAGCGGGCCCUGCAAGAGGCCCUGAGCCUGAAACUUCAGGAGCUCCGAAAAGUGUGUCUCCAAGAGGCGGAGCUGACUGGCCAGCUACCCCCUGAGUGUCCGCUGGAACCUGGUGAACGGCCCCAGUUGGUGCGCCGUCGGCCCCCUGCAGCCCGUGCCUACCCUCCACUGCAUCCCAAUCCAGCACACCACUCCUUGUGCCCUGUUGAGGAGCUGGAACGGGAGGUGUCAGUGCAGCAACAGAUUGCAGCUGCUGCCCGGCGCUUGGCCCUGGCCCCUGAGCUGAGUGGUGAGCAGCGGCGACGCCGGCGCCAGGUACAGGCUGAUGCACUGAGGAGGCUGCAUGAGUUGGAGGAGCAGCUGGGGGAUGUCCGGGCCCGCCUUGGCCUCCCGGUUCUCCCUCCACAGCCACUGCCGCUGUCUACGGGGGCACUUAUCCCCACCCAGGGAGUCUGCCUGGGCACACGCCUAGCUCAGCUCAGCCAAGAGGAUGUAGUUCUGCAUUCGGAGAGCAGCUCCCUCUCAGAGUCUGGGGCCAGCCAUGAUAAUGAGGAACCCCGUGGCUGCUUCUCUCUGGCAGAGCGCCCCUCACCACCAAAGGCUUGGGACCAGCUGCGAGCAGUAUCUGGGGGGAGCCCUGAGCGGCGAACCCCAUGGAAACCACCUCCGUCAGAUCUUUAUGGGGAUCUGAAGAGCCGGAGGAACUCUGUGGCCAGCCCCACCAGCCCCACACGCUCGCUGCCCAGGAGUGCUUCCAGUUUUGAGGGGCGAAGUGUGCCUGCCACUCCUGUUCUCACCCGGGGCGCUGGCCCCCAGCUCUGCAAACCCGAAGGCCUCCAUUCUCGACAGUGGUCCGGCAGCCAGGACUCCCAGAUGGGCUUCCCGCGGGCAGACCCUGCCUCUGAUCGCGCCUCCCUCUUCGCAGCCCGCACUCGCCGCAGCAACAGCUCUGAAGCCCUGCUGGUGGACCGGGCUGCUGCUGGGGGAGCUGGUUCUCCACCUGCCCCUCUGGCUCCCCCUGCCGCUGGCCCACCAGUCUGCAAGAGCAGUGAGGUGCUGUAUGAGCGCCCCCAACCAACCCCUGCCUUCUCCUCUCGCACAGCAGGGCCCCCAGAUCCUCCCCGGGCAGCCAGGCCUAGCUCAGCAGCCCCUGCUUCCCGUGGAGCCCCCCGGCUCCCACCUGUGUGUGGGGACUUCCUCUUGGACUAUUCCUUGGACCGGGGCCUGCCCCGCGGUGGCGGCGGGGCAGGCUGGGGGGAGCUGCUGCCUGCAGCUGAGGUCUCAGGACCACUCUCCCGCCGGGAUGGGCUCCUCGCCAUGCUCCCUGGCCCACCACCCAUGUAUGCAGCUGAUGGCAGCAGCCCCCUCCUCCGCAGCAAGGACCCCCACACCCGUGCCACCCGUACCAAGCCCUGUGGCCUGCCCCCGGAAGCUGCUGAGGGUCCAGAGGUGCAUCCAAACCCUCUGCUAUGGAUGCCCCCACCCACCCGUAUCCCCGCGACUGGUGAGCGCAGUGGCCACAAGAACCUUGCCCUGGAGGGGCUACGGGACUGGUACAUCCGGAACUCGGGACUGGCCAUGGGGCCCCAGCGCCGGCCUAUGCUCCCUCACGUGGGCCCAUCACACCCACCCUUCCUCCAUGCCCGCUGCUAUGAGGUGGGCCAGGCGCUGUACGGGGCCCCCAGCCAGGCUCCGCUCCCGCACUCGAGGAGUUUCACGGCACCCCCUGUUUCCAGCAGAUACUACGCGGACUUCCUGUAUCCCCCGGAGCUGAACGCUCGUUUAAGUGACCUGACGCUAGAGGGGGACCAGUCUUCCAGUUCUGACCCCCAGACUCCAGGGACACUGGUCUGACCCCUUCUGCUAUGCCCCUUGUUGGUCUGGGCAUGGCUCCAGUCCAGGGAGCACACAGCCGACCUCGCUGAGCCCUGGGAUGUGUUUUGCUCUCAGUCCUGGGCUGGGUGCCAACCUGAUCUUCCAAGGCCCCUGGCUCCCCAUGGGCCCAGGAAGGUGUCUGAUUCCCUGCUUCUCUCACACUGUGCUGGGGACUGGGGGACCUCAGCCAGCUUCAAGGAGAGCGAAUGAUAGAAUGGGGAUUCCAAUCCCCUUCCUCCAUUUCUGUUUACAGUUGUGAUUUAGUAUUCACUGUCUUUGCCCAACACUAGGCAUUUUAUAAAAGGGAAACUGUGAGCUUGUCCUGGUUGGGUUCAUUCCUGUCCCCCUGCCCAACCUGUUCUGUUCAAGUCCACCCUCCUCCACAAUGGACCAUAUAGGGUCUCAGUACCCUUUUUGGGGGUAGUCAGGAGACUCUGAUAUGAACAGAACUCCCUGCCACCCCCGAAACCAGGGCAGCUUGAAUAUCUGCCCAAAUUUGGAAGGAAUAAGUCUGGGUGGGUGCCUGAAGGAGUCCUUAUCCCUCUCUGUGCUGAUCAUCCCCAAUCAGGAGGCCCUAUAGGUGGUUAACAAGGGGCAGAGCCAUUGGGUGUGUCACAUCCUGGGAUGCUGCAGUGGUUGAACCUGGCAUCUGGUAGAUGCCUGUACAAUCCUCAGGUGACGUCUGGCUACAGGCCACAGGCCACGUCACAUCCUCCUUGGCUUUCCUUCCAUUUACCACUUUUUAAACAAAUCCACACAAUCUGUGUUUUCUAUGAUACUUGUCUGUGACCUGGAGCUGGGGGUUCCCCUACCCCCUUUACCUAGUGUUAAACUUUUCUUUUUGUACCAGUGGAUCUGGGCCCAAGACACUACCCACACUGGAAGGGGAUUUCUAUAAUAAAUGUGUAAACCGAA